ACGAAACAAAGGCGUUAUAAAAGGGAAAGUAAGUUCCUAAAAGAAGAAAACAGCCACUCACACGAAAGCAAAGCAAACCAAAUAUGGAACAUUGCUACUUAUAGUAACUCCCAUCUUUUUAUGCAAUACCCUAAUUCUAGCCUCCUCCUUUCCUAAACAAAACCCAUUCCUAAAUAUAUACAGAAUAAAAAAAAUAUAUAAAUAGAUAUACAAAGCCUUACUACUUCAUCCUCUGUUUUAGAUUUUACAGAGCAGACCAGAUUUUUGAAGAUGGGGAGAGGAAGGAUUGAGAUUAAGAAGAUUGAGAAUGUGAACAGUCGUCAAGUCACUUUCUCCAAAAGACGGAACGGCUUGAUGAAGAAGGCCAAAGAGCUUUCGAUCCUCUGCGACGCGGAGGUUGCUCUCAUCAUCUUCUCCAGCACCGGCAAGGUUUACGAUUUCUCCAGCGGCUGUAUGGAGCAAACUCUUUCGAGAUAUGGAUACAAUGCUGAAACGGCUGAUCAUAAACAAAGAGAACAACAACAGCUUUUGCUUUGUUCUUCUUCACAUGAAAAUGGUGUUGUGUUGCGGAAAGAUGAAUCUAUGAGGAGCGAACUUGAGAGACUUCAGCUUGCUAUUGAGAGACUGAAGGGUAAGGAGCUUGAGGGUAUGAGUUUCUCGGAUCUUAUUUCUCUUGAAAACCAGUUGAAUGAUAGCUUGCACAGUGUCAAGAAUCAAAAGACACAACUCUUGCUCAGCCAGGUGGAAAGAUCCAGGUUACAGGAGAGAAGGGCAUUGGAAGAGAACCAACUCUUGCGCAAACAGGUAGAGAUGUUGGGGAGAGGUUCAUCAAGACCAAAAGGGUUGAGUGAAAUACCUCAAUUCUCUAGCCCACAAGCGGAGCACGAGAGCUCUUCUUCAGAUGAUGACGAUAAUGACAAUGAGGACCACUAUUCCGACACUUCCUUGCAGCUGGGGUUGUCAUGGUCGGGGUAUUGUAGAAAGACAAAGAAACCUAAGAUCGAAUCACCCUGUGAUAACUCUGGAAGUCAAGUGGCUUCUGGUUGAUGGAAUCAAUGAUUGUACUCCUAAGUAUGGUGUUUAGUAGAGGUUUUAUUGUGUAUUCUCCUUGUUACUGGCUGUUCUUUUGGUUUUACAUGGUAUCAAUUAGAGUUUGCUCUAUGUUUUAGGUGAACCGUUUACCUUGAAUCAAAAAAGGUUUGAUUGAUCAAAUAACAUCUGUUUUUAGUUCCCAA